AUAUAAAAAUGGUUGUGGCUGAAUUAGGAGAAGGAAGAAGACGAUCCCAACGUCAACGCCAAUCCAAUGUUGAAUUCCCCGGCUCCAAUUCAAGAUUUGGUUUAUGACAGUUUUCUGUGAAAAUGGUUGGAGGAGCUCUUGUGGAGGGAAGUGGGCGGCGCUUACCACAAUGGAUGCUGGGAAGUUCUUCUGAUGUUCAAGCAGUGGAGAAGUCUGGUAAAACAACAGAAUCAACCACAAAGCAACCAGAGGAAAGUCUCUCAUCUCGAACUUUGGCAAAAUGUUCGCGAAAAGGGAGCUUGCAUAGUUCAGAUGCUCUUGUGAAAUGUAGGACCGGGGAAAGAAAAGUAGAGGCAGAAAAAGUAGAUGCCUAUUCUGAUACUGAAAUAUCUGUAGAUGAGCAAGAUAAUAAGUCUAAUAGAACUAGGAGAAAAUUGUCCAAACCUUCUUCUCAGAAAAGGCGGAAAACAAAGAAGCUUGAAGAUGUUCAGAAAGAAGAUAUCCAGCCUAUGAAUGAGGGUGAUGAUUUUGAACUGACAGUUGAUGAUCUUUUGACCAUUGCUAAAGAGUAUGUUAGAGCCAAUAAGGAUAAGGAGGAAGAGCAAGAAGUGAAGGGAAAGUUUGAUUUGAGAAGUAGACCAUUAACAACAAUAUCUUCUAGUAUAAACUCAGAAGAUUGUAAGCAAAGCUCAACCACUAAUGAUAAUACUAGCUCUUUCAUUCAAACAUCAACAACCAAUGAUAUUGGUGGUUCUUACAAAGCGAACGAUAGUUCAUCUGCAACAGAAGAAAGUGUCAUUAAAGCCGGAGGAACAGGGGAUCCUGCUCAUGACAUGCUAAAUCUGUUUUUAGGUCCUUUGUUGAGAAACCUAUAGCGGAGAAUGAAAAAUGAUUGUAAUUAAGGAUAUGGAAUUUUCCCAAGUGUAUGAAAUAGAUUGGUAUACAAAGUAAGAAGAUCGAUAUAGCUAGAGAAGUAGUCCUUUUGUCAAAGAACAAGGUUGCAAUGUUCCUUGAUUGAAUAUUUCUCAAAUUUGUGCAAAUAGUUAGAUUUUACUAUAUUCUGAA